AUGAUGAGGGAUUACGGGCAGGUAGCUACGUGGCUCGAUGAGCUCCUCCUGAAAAAAGACGAGCCGACAACUUACAAGCUUCUGAUUGAGAGCUUCCGUGCUUGGGAUGAAGUGAAGCGCUGUGGCCUCGGUGCGAUGGUAGAUCCGAAAAACUCUUACAGGGACGGCAGUGUCAAGUACAACACAGGCUAUCUCUUCCAAGGAGUCCUGGAGCAUAUCGCCAACGCCGAGAAGAUCGCAGGGACUCUGCCUUCAUGGUGGGACGCAGAGAAACGAGAAGCGUGUAUCAAAGUCGCCAAAGAGAUGUAUCACUGGGAUGAUCUUCCUGGAGUGGGCGUCCCCAUGGAGGUCAACGAGCCGUACCGUUACGGAGGCCCGCCAUUGAGACAGCCACUGCGUUCGUUGGGGAUGAAGAUCGAAGGGAUCGGUAUGGAUGAGGCGCUUUUGCGGGGAUACUGGAAGGUGAAAGAGAUGCCCGGUGGACGCAUCGCUCUGCAUAACGAGGCCGACCCUAGUAGCUUCGAUUGA